UUGUCAAUGUCACAGUUAUAAUUCGCCCGCAAAUACGGUAAAUCAAAAUCCAAGUAAAUAUAUAACUCAAUGGCCCAGCCCCAAGUUCUAAACCUGGACUUGGGCCAGCUGAUCACCAAGCAAAUGCUCGACCGGAGCGACAGUUUCCAGAAGCCGCCAGACGUGAAACGUACGUACGAAGUAAGCCCGGCCGCCAAGCGGUACAUCGAGUACCGCAGAAAGCUGCAGGACCGGCUCAUCCACCUGAACAACAACAUGAGCUCAAUCGUGCGCGAGAGCUUCGAGUCCAUCGACAACAUAUGUCACAAGGUCCGUCUGUAUCUGACCAACAUGGACAACGUGCAAGAGCACCACGAACCGGAAAUGGACGACAAGGAGGUCGAGUGCACGCCCCCCGAGUCCGAGGAAAUGGAACAGACGGAGCAGAUAGAGCAGCCCGAAGAGCCGAUAGAGGAAUCGAGCGGUACAGUCACGGAUUCGGACUCCGUGCACUUGCAAAAGCUUCAGUGGCUCAACAAGCAGAAGCGGUUCAUGGGAGUGUUCAAGGACAGCGUGCGGAACAUUGAGAGUUUUAUGAAAGAGAUGGACUGCUACGUCAACAAGAUACAUUCCAAAAUUGAGGGGCUGAGCGCCUCAAAUGUUUGGGAGAAACGCUCAGACUCGGAGGUAAAAACCGUUAGUAAAUCUAAUGAACUGGAAAAAAAAUAUCUGGGGCCAAAGAAGGCCAAAUCGUUUUAUUCGAAAAACAGCAGCUUGAACAAUUCCAGCAACUGGGACGAUUCGGAGAUGGAAACAACAACAAUAGUGAGGAAAAUGAGCAAGAUACAAUCGAGAAGCGGCACCAGUAUCUGGGAGCCCAAACCUGAGCUAGAGGUGAUAAUGGCAAGCACCAAGAACUAUCAAAAAGAAACACAGUUAGCUUUCCAAAAAAGUUUUGAUUACGUACAAAAGAUACAGAGAGUCAGCGAGGACUUGCUGUCCAAAAUUGACCACUUGGCUGUAGAAAAUGACGUAAAUUUCGACGAGGUGGAGAGUGUGAAGGAGGUACAACCACAAGUACCUCGCCGCUACAACUUAGUAGUACCAGACGUUACAAGGACCAAAGGCAUCGUUAACCUGCACCAAAAAUUAGUCAGACAGGUGGAGGCUCAGGAUAGUUAUUUGUGCUUCCAACGUCUAAUGGAUUGGACGGAGAAACGCCUCAGGAAACAACGACAAAUGGAGGAGAAGCAGCAGCAACAAAGGCGCAAGAACCAAGCUUUGAAACGGCCGGACAACUGUUCCAAACUAUACGAGAACAGCUUGUGGUUCACCAAAACCGCCUUCAAACCAAAACCCCGCAAAUACAAGGAAAAAUCACCAAAGCUAAUACUAACGAAAAGGAAGAACAAAGAGAACGAGUCAACGGAAACGGGAGUCUUGCACAAGAAGGUGGAGUGGAUGCACGCAAAGACGGCCUCACGUCCGAUGAUGAUCAGAUGCAUGGACUGCCUCGACACACUUCGGCCCUCAGAUGUAGAGCCCCUGAAACCGGAAUACCCCCGCAAGGAUCAUGUGCAAAAGCAGAACAGCACCACCUAUCUCCACCACCUGCUGAACGACAACCACUGUGAACCAAUGAUGAGAAAACUGCUCAGCACCACAGCGCUGACCGACUCGGACGACGCCACAAGGCGCAAACUAACAAAAUACAUAUUUCCCUCCGACGGGACGUUCAGAAGGGACGUGGUAGUGAUGCCCUUAACCGUCCACUACUACAACCCACCUAAACGGAAGGUGCAGUCGCCGAUGGAACGGAAGACGAGGCAGUUCAUAGAAACGUUGGACGACAAACAUCAACUUUGGCUUGAAGCUAUGGAGAAGAUGGCGAGGUCUAGUAGCGUGAAGGGGUCCAGCAGGCUGGAAAUGAGGCCCCGGAGCUGUGUACAAAAUCAGUCCAAAAUCACCAAGGACGAAGUGAAGAAGAGAAAGGAUGGAACCAUUGUUAAGGUGUCGAAGCUUGAGUCUGGCAAGGAAAGGGAGAGGAUGAGGGCUGAAAAGGAAAAGCAACAAGCCACACAACUGUUACAGAGAAAGAAAAUAAUGGAGCAGAUAAAGGGUUACAAGUCCCGCAACGACAAAAUUAAAACCAACAUACAGAAAGCUGUUGGUGUUAUUGAGUCCCGAAUGGUGGAUGUGCUGUUAAAGGAAAAGCCUAGUGUCAAACAAUUCGACACAAUGGAGAAGGAAAUCAACAACGUUCUCAAAAUGAUGAAGUCCACAACAACUACAGAUCAAUCAGAAGAUUUAGAAUCGAGUAGACACAGAUACACCACCGACACCGCCUCUGAACUGAACAACCUGUCGGACGAACUAUACAAGAAGCUUCAAACAAUAAUCGAACCCUCGGAACAGCGUCGCAGACCCCGGGAACCCCGAAGGACUCCAAAACGAAGGACACCACGUCCCAAACCACCCCGCAGCGAGUCAGAGACCAGCAUCGGAUCAACGUCUGGCCGUCUGGCCCAACAGGCCAGCAAAAUCAAGGAAAUAUCGGCUUCCAUCAAAAACGCCAAUGACCACAUCGAGAAGAUAUGUCAGAAGGAGUUUGCGACCAACGAACAGACCUUCGACGAGGAAAAGCAGUGGGAGGACGAAUCGACCGCCGAGGACAAGGAGCACCUGCUCGACAACCUGGUGUACAACGACGAAACAACUGACAUCGAAGACUUGAAAGAUCUGGAGAAGGAAAUCGACAUUAUAAUCAACGAGAGGACCGGCAUUCUGGUGGAGGCACCUUUGGAGGUCGAAACCCAUUUGGACGAGCACAGGAACAGCCUGAUUCCGGAGCUGAUGCCCGAAAACUGUCGGGAAAUUUGGGGUGAAACCCCCAGUGAACGUAACGAGUUCAUCGAAAGUGUGCAGCAGAUUUUUAAGAAGAUGGAGAUGGUUUACAAGCAAUUGGACGACACUGACAAGCUGUGCGAGUCGUUGCCGAUAAACGAAAUUGAAAUAAAAAAGAUGGAGGACGAAGAAGUCAACAAAUCGCUUUUGGAGGUGGUCGAUUUUGUGCAGAACCUCGACGUUGGAGACGAACCCAACAUCGACAUGUUCACAGCUGAAAACCUGAACCUUUUGGAUACGAUGAGCGAAGAAAUCGUGGACAAUUUAGAAGAGCAACUCAUGCACACUCCUGGGGAAAUUGGCGACUACUCUAUGCUACCAAUGGUGGAACUGAAAGAGCUCCAAGAGGAGGAAAAGGAGAAAUAUUUUCGGCAGGGACAAGACUUAGAAAUGCAUAUAAUACAAAAAGAGCUAGUAGAAAGGCAAACGCAGGCUUUGGCAGUUUAUACGACUAAAGAAGUUUAUUUUGCCCAAGUUUACUACAACCCCAGAGUUUUAAAUUAUGCCUGGCUGCAAUUCGACUUGAAGCUACAAGAGGAGGUUUUUCCUAAGCUGUUACGUACAAUAGGAAUUGACGGAUUUGAGCCUGAAAAAGUUAACCUGAUAAACCAGAUGAAUUUAUUAAAAACAACCGGAGAACAUUUAAUGUCAAUGAUACAAAAUCAACCAGCAAUCACUUACAACGAAGCCCCAGUUUCAACUGAAGAAAACAACGAAGUAAUCGCAGACAACGUGGACUUAAUUGCUGAAACUGUGGAGUUAGUAACAGAACGUCUAGAAAAAAUUGACCAACCACGUCGGGUUGAAGUACAAAUGACGGAAGUGGUGAAAUAUCCAAAGGAAAACGACGAUUUUCAUUCGAAGGUGCUGCAAACGUUUUACACUGUCUUUUAUAUGUUUAUUUUUGCCGCUGUGACUUUACAAUAUAAUUGUCUGUGAUGAUACUACGUAUUAAUAAAUUACAUGUGAAGUGCUUUACUUA